AUGCUUCAGGUGAAGCAUUUCCAAGCACAAGAUUGUCUCCUUCCUACGGGAAUUACAUCUGAAAAUGCAGCACGUCGUUUUGGUGUAACCCGACAGGAGCAAGAUCAGGCUGCUGUUGAAUCACAUCAGAAAGCUGCAGCAGCAACUGCCUCUGGUAAAUUUAAAGAUGAAAUUGUUCCUGUGAUGACAAAGGUGAAAGUCUUUAUCACUUCAUCCGUUACGUAUAUUUCCAUUGAUAUCUGGGAUCCAAGUAGAAGAAACUUUUUAACAGAGUUUUUAAAUCUUGUAGGUGAAAUUUUGCUCUGGUAUAGAAUCUCACAGAAGGUGCAGUUUGGAGAUAAAUCUUUCUCUAAUCAUGAGGCAUUACUGAUAGUAGACCCAAAAAGCGGAGAAGAGAAACAAGUCACGAUAUCUGUAGAUGAUGGAAUACGUCCUGAGACUGCAGUAUCGAGCCUGGCAAAGCUUAAACCAGUAUUUAAGAAGGAUGGGAGCACAACGGCUGUGAGUGAUGGUGCUGGAGCAGUGCUACUAAUGAGGAGAGAUGUAGCAAUGCGAAAAGAGUUGCCUAUACCUGGCAUAUUCAGGAGCUUUGUUGCGGUUGGGGUGGAUCCUGCUGUCACGGGUAUUGGUCCUGCUGCUGCAAUCCCUCCUGCACUAAAAUCUGCUGGUCUUCAGAUUGAGGAUAUUGAUCUUUUUGAAAUAAAUGAGGCGAAUGAUAAGGAGAUCGAUAUUUGA